CAAACUACGGAGUAUGUUUUGGACAUUAUUUAACCUUGUCAAAGACGAACAAAAAUGUUAGAAUAACAACAUUUCUUACUCCAAGUUUUAGGGGUGCUGAGCUCCAUUUUAGGGGUGCUGAAGCACCCAUAAAAAGGGGCUAGCCUCGCCCUUGUGUUAACCAACACAAUAAAUUUGCUUUUCUCCGCUGUUUUUUUCUUUUUAAAAACGAAUGUAUGGAUGCAGAUUCGCAAAGAUCAAAAGGUUAAUAUUGCAGCGAAAAUAAGCUUAGGUUACCAGACGCGUUUUGGAAGGAAGACUCAAUGGGGAGAGAGGAGCAACAAGUCCGCGAUAUAUCACACGCUCCGGUUUACAGAAAUUCGAUAUGAGAUCUAUUCAUCUAUAAUUCCCAUCGCGUACCCUGUACUUUCUGUCCCAGGCGUGGCCAGUAGAUUGUGAUUCUAGCAACGCUAGAAUCACAAUACACCAUGUGUUUCAACAUGUCUCUAGCACCGUACAACCACCUGUUCAAUCUGCUAAUAAUCAUCACUAAAGGUCUCUCUCAGUUGAUAAAAACCCAGCAGGUUGUCAUAGUAACCCUGGGAGGAGAUGCUCACUUCAGCUGCAGACUCAUGGAACCCAGAGACGUCCUGCAAGUCACCUGGCAAAAAGAGACACCAGGAGGGACUGAAAAUGUGGCCUCCUACAACAAACGUUUUGGUCCAAAAGUAAACCCACCUUUUAAUAGGAAAGUGGAGUUUCUAAAUGUCGGACUGCAGAGCUGCUCUAUAGUCAUCAGAGGAGUAUCAAGAGAAGAUGAGAGCUGCUACAAGUGUCUGUUUAAUAUUUACCCAGAUGGAUCUAUCAUUGGAAGGACCUGCCUUCAAACUAUUGAGCUGUAUGGACCCACACUCAUAGUGACACGAACCACUGACACUCAUCCCCUCUUCUCUGGGUUAACUGUCUCCUGCUCUGCCACGGGACGACCUGCUCCAAUAGUGACCUGGGAUGAAACCAUAAAAUUGGUUUUGGAAAACUCUACAACGGUCAAUGUUACCCAUCCUAAUGGAACUGUUACUGUCACCAUUACAUCCAUAGUUGAAGUUCCCAGUCUUCCUGACAUUGACACCAUGGUUCGGUGUGUGGUGUCAUCUGGCAGUGCCAUCAAGGAGGGCUCCAGAAGGAUUCCAACCUCUUUUACUGGUCCAACUGUACCUCCAGUCUCCAAUGAUGGAUGGAUAAGGGGUCAUGGGACAGUGGGUUUAGUGGUUGUUAUUGCUCUAGUCUGCAGUAUAGUUUGGUGGCUGCAUAAGAGAAAUCCAAAGAACAGAGAAGAAAGAAAACAGCAAGAGGAUGCUGAAAACAGAGACUCUCGCAAGGACACCUUUAUGUAGAGCAUUCUUCGCCAUGAGGUACCAUUAUCUUAACAAGGACAAUGCGCUGCCACACAAGUCUAGACACGCCCACUUAUGGUUAGAGGAACACUCAUCUGAGUUUAGGGUCUUGCCAGUCACCAGAUCUCAACGUUAUCGAACACAUCUGGGAUGCCAUGCAACGCGCUGCGGAACACGGAAAUCCUACACCUCAGAAUACAACAGAAGUGUGGACCGCUCUGCAGGACAUAUGGUGUUCACUGCCUACAGAAUACUUCCACAAGCUCAUGGAGUCCAUGCCCCGUCUUAUUUCUGCAGUUUUGCUCUCCCAAGGGGAGGCCUACCAAGUAUUAGACUGGUGUACCAGUUUCUCUGGCUCUUCAGUUAAUAUGCACUGGCAGAUACAACCAAUGAUGUGCCUAGGUGGUGUUGCUAUGUAUUUUGUAUGGGCUCAUCUGCACCAGUUUUUCUGGCACUUCAGUGUAUGUAACGGUGUGGAUAUGCAGGAAAGAGGUGCAGAGGUGGUGGACAAGAAACUUUACUCAACAGAUUUGUUGUAAUAAUAUAAGAACCACCUCAACAAGACAUGUCACAUUAAAUAAUGACCCACAAAUACACAGGAAACCACCAGGGAAACUGAAAAGGUAAGUGACCAGGAAUACAAGACACAGAUGACAAGACUAAACAGGACACAGGUGAAUUCAAUCAAUUUGAGGGCUUGACACCAGAACAUAGAAACACACUGACUAGACUCAAACCACAUUAAACAUAGAAAUGUUCAUUGUGCAAUGCCCGGCUGUUAUGAUAUAGUAAUUUCCUACUACUUUUCAUGUUGAGAAAUACAGCCCUGGAAAAAUGG